AUGAUAGCGGAUGAAGGUGAAUACUUGGGGCGAGCACCGCAGAAUAUUACGACACUGAAUGAUUUUGCUGACUGCAUUUCGAGAUGCGGGGUGAAGACAAUGGUAGCUAGUGGGAGCCAGUACACGUGGACGGGCAUUCAGCAGGGCCGCCGAGUAUGGAAGUGCCUCGAUAGGAUUUUGAUGAACGUUGCUUGGCAGCAGCAAUUUACGGCAUUAGGAUUGCAACAUUUGAACUGGACAUCCUUGGAUCACUACCCGUUGCUGCUGGGCUUGGUGGCAGAUGGGCGAGUAGGAUCGUGGCCUUUUAAGUUCCAACACAUGUGGGUCAAGCACCCAGCAUUCCUGGAUGUGGUGGAGCAAAGCUGGAUACAGCCCCUUGAAGGCUACGGGAUGUUCCUCUUGGCACAGAAGUUGAAACGACUGAGGAAAGCUUUGAAUGAAUGGAACCGGUCCACCUUUGGGGACAUCUUUGCCAACAUAGCGAGAGCUGAAGACGAAGUUCGACAUGCGGAACUAAGGCUUGAGGAGGUGGAGAAUGAGGAAACAAGGAUGCACUGGAGCCACGCUCAAGCCAAAUUACUAAAGUGCCUGGCAGAUGAAGAAACCAUUUGGAAGCAGAAGGCCAAGGUCAAAUGGCUGAAGGAUGGGGAUGCAAACACCCGGUUCUUCCACUCUAAGUUGCUUGAUAAGCUGGCGAAGCUCUCCAUUCGACGGAUAAAAAGCUCGGAGGGUAGUUACAUUGAGGACGACCAGGACAUUGGGGCGGAGGCCGUGUCCUAUUUCAAGCGCCUAAUGUCCUCAACGCCGACCUCGCCUGAGCAGGCCAUGGGAACUUUGCUGCAAAACAUCCCAUCCAUUGUGACACAGCGGCAAAAUGACCACCUUUUGUGA